GCUGGAGGCGGCGUGGUCGCGCGCACUCCCGGUAGCUUAUGAAGAGGUCCAGACAGGCUGACCCGCUCCUAAGAACCUAUCCCGACGGAACCGGGCCGGUCAAGUCGAAGUUCGCUAAAGAGUGCGCGGGUAGCUUCUGGGCCGGCUAAAGCAAGUGUGUGGGUGACUUCCGGGAACAGCUAGCAUGGUUCAGCCGGUUCCGCACAUCAAGCGACCCAUGAACGCCUUCAUGGUGUGGUCCAAAAUGGAGCGUCGGAAGAUCAUGCAGGAGUCGCCAGAAGUUCACAACGCCGAGAUCUCCAAGCGGCUUGGAAAGCGCUGGAAGACUUUGGACGAGUCCGAGAAGGUUCCGUUCAUCCGCGAGGCCGAACGGCUCCGCCUCCAGCACAUGGCCGACUACCCGGACUACAAGUACCGGCCCAAGAAGAAGACCAAGACGGACGAGGCCGACAAGACCGGAAGACCAUACAAUAAGUCUAAAAGCAGAAAGCCGCUGGUGGGUUCCGACAGACGGAGGCAGCGCGCCGACCCACGAUACCGCUACGUACUCAAACGGGACUCUAGUGACUCGGAGGACGACUCGGACGACGAACCGGGUCGCUACCGCAAUGGAGAUUCUGCUUCAGCAGAACCGGAAGACUCGGGUCGACUCUUCUACAGUUUCAAGAACAUCACUCGCCAGGCCACUGGAACAUUCUCUCCCGACUCCUCGUCCCGGUCCAGGUCCGGGUCCAGUUCUUCCUGCUGCGGGGAUGACCUAGAUCAGGACCUUCCCUCGGAGGGGUCCGACUUCCCGUUCAGUCUUCACGCUUCCUCGGAACCGGCAAACCUGAGCCUGUCUCUGGUGGAUAAAGACUUGGACCUGAGCGGUACCGAGCGGAGCCGAAGGUCCCACUUCGAGUUCCCUGACCACUGCAGCCCCGAGCUGAGCGAGCUGAUCACCGGCGACUAUUCGGACCUGGUCUUCACCUGCUGAACCGAACUCUUCCAAGUUUUACUGGACUUUUAUUUGAUGAAGAUUCUAUUUUUGUAGUUUUUCACGUCAGCUGACUUGUGUUGUUAGGUCAAGUGGCACACUUUGAGUUCGGCUCCUUGUUUUUGUGCAAUAUGUAGAAGUGACGUCAUGGACUGAAUAAAUCAGCUAAUC